GCUGCGUCGUCCAGAUGCAACCGCGCCUUCCUAGCGUCAGCCUCAUCUGCCUCGCCGUCGCGGCGCCUCUCCGCCGCCGGCUCCCGCUAUAAACCUUGAGCCAGCCAGCUAGCUGCUCAGGCAGCCCAAGCCUAGGGAGAAGGGGGAGAGAUGGCGACCGACACGGGCGCGAAGGUCGACGGCAGCGCGCUGGCGGGGCGCGCGCUGGCGGCGGCCGGGGCGCGGCACAUGUUCGGGGUGGUGGGCAUCCCGGUCACCUCCCUCGCCUCGCGCGCCGCGGCCGCUGGCGUCCGCUUCCUCGCCUUCCGCAACGAGCAGUCCGCGGGCUACGCCGCCGCCGCGUACGGCUUCCUCACCGGCGCCCCCGGCCUGCUCCUCACCGUCUCCGGCCCCGGCUGCGUCCACGGCCUCGCGGGCCUCUCCCACGCCACCGCCAACGCAUGGCCGCUCCUCAUGGUCUCCGGCUCCUGCUCCCAGCCGGACGCCGGCAAGGGCGACUUUCAGGAGCUCGACCAGAUCGCCGCCACCGAGCCUUUCGUCAAGCUCGCCGUCAAGGCAACCACCAUCGCCGACAUCCCCCGCCUCGUCUUCCAGGCCCUCGCUGCCACCGUCUCCGGCCGCCCCGGCGGCUGCUACCUCGACCUCCCUUCCGACGUCCUCCACCAAACCCUCACGGAAUCCGAGGCCUCCGCCCUCAUAGACGCCGCAGCCGCCGAUUCGGCCAAACCCGAUCCAUCCCCACCCAAGCACAAGUCCCUGGAGGACGGAAUCGAGAAGGCAGCGGAGCUGCUCCGGCGCGCGGAGCGGCCUCUGGUUGUGUUUGGGAAGGGCGCGGCUUAUGCCCGCGCCGAGGACGCCAUCCGGAAGCUGGUGGAUACCACGGGCAUCCCCUUCCUCCCGACGCCGAUGGGGAAGGGGGUUGUGCCCGACACGCACCCACUGUCCGCCACCGCGGCACGCUCCCUCGCCAUUGGGCAAUGCGAUGUGGCGCUGGUCGUCGGUGCUAGGCUUAAUUGGUUGCUUCACUUCGGCGAGCCACCUAAGUGGUCCAAGGAUGUGAAAUUCAUACUUGUGGAUGUCUGCGAGGAGGAGAUUGAGCUCCGGAAGCCACACGUUGGGCUUGUUGGGGACGCGAAGCGGGUGGUGGGGCUUAUCAAUAGGGAGAUCAAGGACCAGCCAUUCUGCUUGGCUCCAUCGCACCCAUGGAUUGAAGCAAUCACCAAGAAGGCCAAGGGCAAUGUUCUUAAGAUGGAGGCUCAGCUUGCCAAGGAUGUUAUGCCAUUCAAUUUCCUGACACCUAUGCGGAUUAUCCGGGAUGCUAUCCUUGCGGAGGGAAGCCCUGCUCCUAUAGUGGUUUCAGAAGGGGCAAACACCAUGGAUGUUGGUAGGGCAGUGCUUGUGCAGAAUGAGCCGAGGACUAGACUGGAUGCAGGGACAUGGGGGACAAUGGGGGUUGGGUUGGGGUUCUGUGUUGCAGCUGCAGUGGCUGAGCCUGACCGACUUGUGGUUGCUGUGGAGGGUGAUUCUGGAUUUGGAUUCAGUGCAAUGGAGGUUGAGACAUUAGUGAGGUACCAGCUCCCUGUAGUUGCAAUUGUCUUCAACAACAAUGGUGUUUAUGGUGGUGAUCGGAGAAGCCCUGAUGAGAUAACCGGGCCCUACAAAGAUGAUCCUGCCCCAACUUCUUUCGUGCCAGCCGCAGCUUACCAUAAAAUGAUGGAAGCUUUUGGAGGAAAAGGUUAUCUUGUUGAGACACCUGACGAGCUAAAAUCCGCCCUUUCAGAGUCAUUUCGUGCCAGGAAGCCAGCGGUGAUUAAUAUUAUCAUUGAUCCUUAUGCCGGCGCAGAAAGCGGUAGAAUGCAGCAUAAGAACUGAAGGUGUUUGUAUCAUUCCACAACUCUGCUCCCAGUUAGUAAUAAGCAAUGUGCUUUCUACAGUUCUUUUGGCUAUUGCCUCGUUGUUAUGUAUACAUAUAGAAGAUGCUCUAUUGAAAUUAGAACGGACACCCACGGAACGACAUCUCAACUUAUUUAUCAGUCCCAAAAAAAAUAAGGAAGAUCCUGGUUAGACCUCCCUUUCUUAAUAAUGGCUUAUGAGAGAUCGAAUUCAAGCUGUGUUUUGUAAUGUAUCCUGUCUGUGUACAUUAAGACAUGAAUCCAGUACAGUAAAGAAAAUACUGUUUGGGGCUACUAA